GGUUGGUUUUGUCACCCUGCCCUUCACUUCGAGCCGUCACACAUUCUUUGGUUAGCCGACGCAUCGGACACACCUUAGCAAACAGACAUGUCUGACUUCUCGGAGGAUCAAAUCCUUGAGUUUAAGGAGGCCUUCCAGCUGUUCGACAGGACAGGAGAUGGGAAGAUCAGCUACAGCCAGUGUGGGGAUGUCAUGCGUGCCCUGGGACAAAACCCUGUCAACGCUGAGGUGCUCAAGGUCCUGAUGAACCCCAAGGCCGAGGAGAUGAACACCAAGAUGCUCGAAUUUGAGCAGUUCCUGCCAAUGUUUCAGACCAUCGCCAAGAAUAAGGAUCAGGGCUCAAUGGAGGAUUUUGUGGAGGGACUGCGCGUGUUUGAUAAAGAGGGCAAUGGCACAGUUAUGGGCGCAGAGCUUCGUCAUGUCCUCACCACAUUAGGUGAGAAAAUGACAGAGGAGGAGGUGGAGACACUCUUGGCAGGACAUGAAGAUGCAAACGGCUGCAUCAAUUAUGAAGCAUUUGUUCGCCACAUCAUGUCAGGCUGAGGGCCGAACUGGUCAGGAUGGUCAUGAAUGGAUGAAGACGAAGAGCAUCCCACUUUUUUUUACCCUGUGCAUGUAACCCCUUUUUGCAGUUAGCUUUUUCCAACCCAAGCCUUUUCCAUGGAUUUAUUUUCCAAAUUUAAUUUAAAAAGUGCCUUUACAUUCCCUAGAAAAGACCACUUAUAAAACUGGCUAUAGCUGCUCAGUUCAUUCAAGUAUGUGACCAACAUGCAUGUGCUAGCAUUGUUUGCAAAAACAUUCCUGGAUGCGGCAACAUAAAGACAACAUAAAUUGAUAAUUAUAUACUGUAACUGUUGGAUGGGACAUUAAUAUAUAUAUAUUUGCAUAGUAACUGUCAGCAACAUACUGUAUCAUUGGCUAAGACUAGCUUCUGCUGAGGGACAUGUCCCUCCUGAUUCUGCAGUUAGUUGGUAUAUUCUAAGCAUACUAUACUAUGAGGCAGAAAGAGACAUUUCAAAUUGGUUCCUAUGUUUUUAAUCCUCCUCAAUUUUUGUUGCUGCAUAGUAAAUAAAUGUUUCCCUGAAAACCUA